AUUUCUCUCGAAUGUUUUUUUAUUUUACUCCUUCGGAUCUUACUAAAAACCACAGAUGAAUCAGUUUCUGUGAUUUUUUUUGUCUAUAAUCUGCUUCGUUUGUUGUAAUCACCGGUCUGUAUCGAUAAAUUUUGGUGAGGGGUUGGAGCUUCUUCUGAAAUGGAGUUUGAGACUCACGAAGAUGCGUAUUUGUUCUACAAAGAUUACGCUAAAUCCGUUGGUUUUGGGACUGCGAAAUUGAGCAGUCGAAGAUCGAGAGCUUCGAAGGAGUUCAUCGAUGCCAAAUUCUCUUGCAUACGCUAUGGAAGCAAACAGCAAUCUGAUGAUGCGAUUAACCCUAGAGCUUCCCCUAAAAUCGGAUGCAAAGCGAGUAUGCAUGUGAAGCGAAGACCAGACGGGAAAUGGUACGUUUACAGUUUCAUCAAAGAGCACAAUCACGAGCUUUUACCAGAGCAAGCUCAUUUCUUCAGGAGCCACAGAAACACCGAGCCUGUGAAGUCCACCGAUGCUCGUUUGAGGAGGAAGAAGAACAGUCCCUUGACUGAUUGUAAACAUCUCAGUGCUUAUAAUGAUCUUGAUUUCAUAGAUGGUUACAUGAGGAAUCAGCAUGAUAAAGGACGGAGACUUGUUCUUCACGAUGGUGAUGCUCAAAUCUUGCUUGAGUUUCUUAUGCGUAUGCAGGAGGAGAAUCCCAACUUCUUUUUCGCUGUUGAUUUCAGUGAAGAUCAUUUGCUGAGAAAUGUGUUCUGGGUUGAUGCUAAAGGGAUUCAAGAUUAUAAAAGUUUCAGUGAUGUGGUUUCUUUCGAUACAACUUAUUUCCUGAGUAAAUAUAAGAUACCGUUAGUUCUUUUUAUUGGAGUCAAUCAUCAUGUUCAACCUGUGUUGCUUGGUUGUGGAUUGCUUGCAGAUGAUACAGUUUACACUUAUGUCUGGUUGAUGCAAUCUUGGCUAGUUGCAAUGGGUGGUCAAAAACCUAAAGUAAUGCUUACUGACCAAAACAAUGCUAUUAAAGCAGCUAUUGCUGCGGUCUUACCGGAAACUAGUCAUUGCUAUUGCUUGUGGCAUGUACUGGACCGGCUUCCCAUGAAUCUGGACUAUUGGAGCAUGUGGCAAGACACUUUCAUGAAAAAGUUUUUCAAAUGUAUAUACAGGUCAUGGUCUGAGGAGGAAUUCGAUAGGAGGUGGUUGAAAUUGAUAGACAAGUUUAAUCUUAGGGAUGUUCAGUGGAUGCGGUCUUUGUAUGAGGAUCGUAAGUUCUGGGCACCUACCUUUAUGAGGGGAGUAUCAUUUGCUGGGUUAUCAACACGUUAUCGUUCAGAAAGCGUGAAUUCUUUGUUUGAUAGGUAUCUUCAAGUUGAAACUUCACUUAAGGAGUUCUUAGAAGGAUAUGGACUAAUGCUAGAAGAUAUGUAUGAAGAGGAAGCCAAAGCAGAUUUUGAUGCUUGGCAUGAAGCACCUGAGUUGAAAUCUCCAUCACCUUUUGAAAAGCAAGUGUUACUUGUGUACACACAUGAAAUAUUCAGAAAAUUCCAACUUGAGGUUUUGGGUGCUGCUGCUUGCCACCUUACAAAGGAGAGUGAGGAAGGAACAACUUACAGCGUUAAGGACUUUGACGACGAUCAGAAAUAUUUGGUCGACUGGAAUGAAUUUAAGUCAGAUAUUUACUGCUCUUGCCGUUCCUUUGAGUACAAGGGAUAUCUCUGUAGACAUGCAAUUGUUGUCCUCCAAAUGUCUGGUGUUUUCACCAUUCCGAUAAACUAUGUGCUGCAAAGAUGGACUAAUGCAGCUAGAAACAGACAUCAGAUCAGUGGAAACCUUGAACUUGUGCAGUCUAAUAUCCGUCGUUUCAAUGAUCUUUGCCGCCGAGCCAUCAUUUUGGGAGAAGAAGGAUCUCUCUCCCAAGAAAGUUAUGACAUCGCCAUGUUUGCAAUGAAAGAAGCUUUUAAACAAUGUGCUAUCAAGUGUAAUACCAUCGAACAUCCCGCCAGAUGUGAUGACGCUGCAAUUCAAGUAGGAACUGUCCAAGAAGGAAAUCAAUAUGGAUCCACACUGAAGCAGGUUGAAUUCGAACCUAACAUACUUGCAGGCAAUGCUCCCGUGCAAGCUGAAACCAGAAAGGAGAAGCAAAGUAGCCUAAACAAUACAUCUAAAAAGUCAAAGCAUAUGGCUCAAUCUGAAACUGUUGGUGAGGGAAGCCAAGAAGGAUUUCAACAUGUGGCAGUGUCAGGGCAAUUUCACAACACAAUGCCAGGAAUUUUCCAAAAUGCAAUCUCCACGGAGUUCCACAAUUUUGCGGCUACAAAUAUGCAUCAGAACAAUCCCCCUGGGUAAAAGAAUUACCGCCGACAAGCUUGAUAGCUUUCUUUGUGUGUAAUAUAAUUCCUGCACUCCUUGUUUACCGGCUUUUCCUCUGGUUCCAU